GAGUGCAGAAAACUGAACCUGUGCAGCGGUGUUCUUUGAGAGAGGCAGAAGACAGUUUGAACCAUGGCAAGCCAGGCGUUUUCCCCAGAGGCUGCUUUCCCUCAUGGGAGGCGGAGGGAGAAAUGGGACCCCAGGCUUCUUUCAAGGGCAAGGACUUAAUGGCGAAAAAAAGAGAAUGUCUCCAGGCCUACAGCUGGUGGAGGACACCACAGAAGAAACGGAAGAAAAAGAACAAAAUAAAACCAGGAAGAAUAGAGUUUGUCCCUAGUAGUAGUUCAGCCAGACCAGAUUAUUCAAUAUUUGUUGGGGAGCUUACUCCAGAAGUGGAUGAUUUCCAGCUCUAUGACUAUUUCCUAAAGAGGUACCCCUCAUGUAUUGACUGCAAAAUAGCAACAGACCUGCUGGGAUAUUCCAGAGGGUAUGCCUUUGUCAGAUUUGGUGAGCAAGGUGAUCAGAUGAGGGCACUGCAAGACUGCCAGAAUGCACCAGGUCUGGGGGGAAAACGAAUCCGGCUGAGCAUAGGAAUUUCUAAAAGACUGAAAGCAGAAUUCCAGCGGUACCAGUCAUACAACUAUAAUGAUUAUUACCAAGAUUAUCAGAACUACUACUCACAGUGGGGUUAUGAUCCUUAUGCUGAUUACAACUACAGCUCCUAUGCUCCCUAUGAUAGCAUGCAAGCUGUUGGAGACUGCUCUUUAGGAGAUGCUGUUAUGGCUCCAGCUGUUUUUGAGGAAACUGCAGCUAUGACUGAAAUCAGUGAUGACCUAAUAACUGAAGAUCCACAGCUUUACUUGGAUGUUGAUGAAAUGAACAGACAAUUUAUGGAGACAAGUGAAGAACUCUAUGAUUCCCUCAUGAAUUGUCACUGGCAACCUCUGGAUACGGUCACUUCUGACAUCCCCCCUGCUAUUUAAGUGUCUUAUAUAGCAUGACCGUUAUGACCAAGGGAUGCUCUUGGACCAACAGCUUCUUUCUAGCGCUACCUCAAAGUAACUUGCAGAUAAAACUCACAGGGAAGAUUGAUCAAAUGGUGAUGAUCCCUAUCGUUCUGCUGGAUAUAUAUAUAUAUUUGCCUUUUGUUUUGUCUCAUUUUAAAUAACAUUUAUUUAACUUCAGUGACUCAUGUCAAUAGACAUUGUUUGACUACAUCGACAAGUAUUUCUGAGUCAUGAGUGUCAUUAAAGGCAUGUCACCAUAUGGAAAUUGUUCUAAAUAAGUAAAAUGGAAGUACAAAUAAGUAAAUAAAGCAGCACUUGAAUUUACAGAGCAAA